CCCCCCCCGAUCACUGUGCUGCUCGAGAGGUUUCUCUCAGUGAUAGCACAUCCACUAGAGCACCGGCCGUUACUGCUGCAUAGGAGGAAGUGGGGACAGGAGGAGAGCUGAACGGGAGAUACGGAGUGGGAAUACUCUAGAAGAGCGAGCCAAUCCCGGAGGAGGGACAGUAUUCUCGGAGGACUGGUUUGAUAGUAUGCUACCGUGCUCCACAGGGAAGGCUGAACAUUGGGACGUUUGACAGACAGGCACUCGACAGUGCACCUGCUCCACACUGGAUUGUUGGGUGGUGAUGUGGAGGAGCUGAGGUCUACGAUGGCUGGGCUGGACCUACACCUGCAUGUGCUGAUACCCCCAUUUCAACGUUGUCGUCGUUACCUCCCAACCCAGCAACCCAACCCCAGGAUCUGACCCUGUCUCCCCCUCACCCCCCCCCCCCCCAGACCUCCUGGCUCUACCCUGUGCCCAUCAUGGGAGGAUGCCUCUCCAAAAGCAAACCAGUUGAGGUGAAAGUGGAGCUUACCCUCUUGGAGAAAGAAAAGGAAGCAGAUGUGAUGUCACCCAAUGGAAAGGCAAGCCCCUUCUCUGACUGCAGGCCCAACGGAGCGCUGGGACACUGCUCCGACGAGGACGCCGCUGCCGCCCCCAUUAGGCUCUACAAACCCCGCGACUACGUGGAGGCCUCAGUGUGUCAUGUCAAGGACAUGGAAAAUGGACAGAUGCGAGAGGUUGAUUUGGGAAGUGGCAGAGCGCUGCUCAUCAAAGAACAUGGAGAGUUUUCUGCCAUUGGGCACAAGUGUCCACAUUAUGGGGCACCGCUGGUCAAAGGUGUCUUGUCCAAAGGGCACGUGCGUUGCCCCUGGCACGGAGCUUGUUUCAACAUCGCUACAGGAGACAUUGAGGACUUUCCUGGGCUGGACAGCCUGCCCACCUUCCAGGUCCGAGUUGAAAAGGACAAGGUGAUAAUUCGCGCUAAUAAACAGGAUCUUCAGUCACAGAAGAGGUCAAAGGCCAUGGCCCGAUGUUCAGCAGUCAUUAACUCCAGCACUGGCUUCAGCCACAUCCUCAUCGUUGGAUCAGGUCCAGCAGGGCUGGUGUGCGCUGAGACGUUGAGACAGGAAGGCUUCACCGAUCGCAUUGUCAUGUGCACCAUGGACAAAUACCCACCCUAUGACAGGCCUAAACUGAGUAAGUCCUUAGAGAGCACAGCAGAGCAGCUCCAGCUGCGCUCCAUAGACUUCCUCCAAGCCCAUGACAUCGAGCUGCUCACGGAGAAGGAGGCUGUGGCAGUGGACGUCAAGACGAAGGCUGUGACUUUUCAAGACGGCUCUAGGAUGGAAUACAGGAAACUUUUCAUUGCCACAGGAAGCAAACCCAAGCCAAUGAACUAUAAAGGGCAGGACGUUAGGAAUGUGUUUCACCUCAGGACCCCUGAAGAUGCUAAUAACGUAGCCAGGUUGGCCAACAACAAGAAUGCUGUGAUUGUGGGAACAUCAUUUGUUGGUAUGGAGGUGGCUGCUGCUCUCACUGACAAGGCCCACUCUGUCUCCAUCAUUGGGAUAGAAGCAGUCCCUUUCCGGAAAGCUCUGGGGGAGAAAGUAGGGAAAGCCAUAAUGAAGCUGUUUGAGACGAACAGGGUGAAGUUCUACAUGUUGAAUGAAGUGUCGGAGAUGGUUGGCCAUCAUGGACAGUUGAAAGAGGUGGUUCUGAAGAGUGGGAAAGUACUAAGGGCGGACGUGUGUAUUAUUGGCACAGGGUCAGGCCCAGCCACUGGAUUCCUGAAACAGAGCGGAGUUCACAUGGAUUCCAAGGGUUUCGUCCCUGUCAACAAGACAAUGCAGACUAACAUUGAUGGUGUCUAUGCCGGAGGAGACAUUGUGACGUUUCCUUUUCCGGGGCGGAGCAAUAAGAAAGUGAACAUCCCACACUGGCAAAUGGCCCAUGUGCACGGGAGAGUGGCAGCGCUGGGCAUGAUGGGAAGACCCACUGAGAUCAAAACGGUGCCCUAUUUCUGGUCGGCCAUGUUUGGGAAAAGCCUACGCUACGCAGGUUACGGGGAGGGCUUUGACGAUGUCGUCAUCCAAGGUGACGUGGACGAACUAAAGUUUGUGGCCUUUUACACCAGGAGUGAGGAGGUGGUUGCCGUUGCCAGCAUGAACUAUGACCCCAUUGUGUCCCGUGUGGCAGAGGUCUUAGGGUCCGGAAAGACGAUUAGAAAGCGAGAUGUGGAGCUGUUAACCCGACAACGCAAGACAGGGGACAUGUCUUGGUUGAUAGACAAAGGGUCGCAGUGAGCGAACCUCCACGUCUCAGGCUCUCCGUGCGUCUGGGGUCUGUUGGACACUAGAAUAUGGACACAUUUGGUGCUGGUGAGAUGCCGUGCAGCCAUACUGUGGACAUACAGCAGCAGACCCCUGUCUGGGACUGUUGGAGUCACUCCCCUGGAAUCGAGACUGAGAUGGUUCUACAGAGAACGUCUACGGUGAUGGAUUACAUACUGUAUUCUUACCAAUAACAUGAGCCAUACACGGUUUUAACAUGCUCCAAUGCCGUAAUGGCAGAGCUGUGUGCUCAUGGCUAUGUUCUGCGAUUUCACAGUAAAGCAAUCCUGGAUGCAGUCUCUGUGCUUCUGCAUGAUGCAUCUACCUGUACACUUUGUUUAUAAAGGGCCGGAGAGGGGUGUUGAAUUUUUUUGUAUAUGCAACUUUGUAUAUAGUUAUAAUCCUCAAUACACUGUAACAAAACCGGGCUGUACAAUUUUAAACUGGAGUUUUCUAAGGUUGAGAUCAAACUACUUUAGUUGAGUAUGCUCAUGUGGGCUAAAACAGACCAUGUAGAGUAUUUGGUAGUUGAAAUAAUAGGAUUUCUUAUCGAUUGUUCAGCCCCAAUUUAUAGAAGCAAAGACAUUGUUACCUAUCGAAGUCACACAAAAACAACGCUUAGGUUUGUCAGCUUUGCAUUUAGACCUUCAACUGCAAUGUUUGCCUCAACCAUGCAAAUAUCAUAAGAUAAACUACACAUAAUCCGUAGUUGCAGCAAAUGAAUGUCGCUUUCCCCACAUGAAGCGUACAUGCACGCGCACAUGAAAUCUUCACAAUAUGAUUACAAAUCAUUCUUUUAAGGAAUACAAUGCAUCCCUUCUUAUUGGUGGUGACCUUUGUUGCCUUGCUCAUACAGAUGCAGGAUCUUAAUUUGAUACAUUUUUAGUUAGGGCAAAUCAAGUCAAACGUUUAAGUGGAAAUGUAAAACUUUUAGACGCCUUUUUAAAAAUGGAAUACACUAGCUACAGGUUUGCAUUUCCUGCAUCCGGGUGAUCAAAUUAAGAUACUACAUCUGUAGAUUGCACAAACGAGAAAUUUAAAUGUACUUUAAUCUAUGUUAAUGCUUGCGCAAUAGAAAAGGUAUGUCUGUGCUUUCUAACAAAACUUAAGUGACUGUUGUUCUUUUAGAUAUGGUCAUGUAACAUUUGCUGAAGGCUAAGAAUGCUCUUUGUUACUAACUCAGGGAACUGAAGUUCGAGGCCUUGUCACAUUGGGGUUGGUCCUGUUGCAAAAAAAUAUUAACUUGUUGCUUUUAUUUUCUUACCAUAUAUUGGUUCUCUGUAUUUGAAGAGGUCUUGUUUUCAGAACUUGCUUAUCAUUUCCUUAGACGUGUAGAGGAGGAAGUAUUCCCAUCUCCAUUUUGGCAUGUUGAAGAUUCCAAAGUACUUGAGCCCUGAGGUGAAAAACAAGACCACAUUUUAAAAGACAUUCUUCAUACAGAGAAGCUUAAAUGGUAGUUUUUUUUUUUUUAAUAACGGAAACUUUGAAAUAAAAGUCUUCAACAAUG